AUGGCCAACUGCAAAGGAGGCGGAGAAAGCGCCCUUUCACAGGAUGGGUCCGAGUGGCCGUCACCCGCUUCCCCGCACUGCACCCAGCCGCCAGUCGGGAACCUGCCUUCAUGGAGCUCUGGCGGCCGGCAUUGCGCCCAGGGGCUGUGCGGCCUCAUCAAGAGGCCGGGAGACCUGCCCGAGGUCCUGUCCUUCCACGUGGACCGUGUCCUGGGGCUGCGACGAAGCCUGCCUGCUGUGGCCCGGCGCUUCCACAACCCCCUGCUGCCCUACCGCUACACCGAUGGCCACGCGAGGCCUCUGGUCUGGUGGGCACCAGAUGUGCAGCACCUGGCUGACCCUGAUGACGACCAGAACUCCCUGGCCUUGGGCUGGCUGCAGUACCAGGCCCUGCUGGUGCGUGGCUGCAGCUGGCCAGGCCAGGCCCCAUGUCUGGGCAUCCACCACGCCGAGUGGGCACGCCUGGCACUCUUUGAUUUCCUGCUGCAGGUCUACGACCGCCUGGAUCGCUAUUGCUGUGGCUUUGAGCCCGAGCCCUGGGAGCCCUGCCUGGAAGAGAGGCUGCGGGAGAAGUGCCGGAACCCGGCCGAGCUGCGCCUGGUUCACAUCCUGGUCCGGAGCAGCGCGUCGUCUCAGCUGGUCUACAUUGACAAUGCCGGGAACCUGCAGCGUCCAGAGGACAGGCUGAACUUCCGGCUGCUGGAGGGCAUAGAUGGGUUUCCCGAGACCGCUGUGAAGGUGCUGGCCUCAGGGUGUCUGUCAAGCCUGCUGCUCAAGUCGCUGCGGGCAGACCCCGUGUUCUGGGAGAGCCAAGGCGGGGCCCCAGGCCUGAAGCGGGUUCUGCAGACCCUGGAGCGGCGGGGACAGGUCCUGCUGGCCCACAUCCGGAAGCACAACCUGACGCUGCACCGGGACCAGGACCCCUGAGCGCCCGCUGCGCCGCCGCUGCCCAGCCGCUGAGCCCCCAGCCCUGAUGCCCAUCUUGGAGGAAGA